ACACCCUAUAUUUCUCUCUCUCUUAAGAUCAACAAAAUCUGAUUAUUGGAGAAAUGGGACUCUGCUUCAGAUCAAUGCUGCUGCUGUUUUUCUUGUUUUCUUGCGCCACCUUUACUUCAAUAGAAGCCUACGACGCGCUCGAUCCCAACGGAAAUAUCACGAUAAAUUGGGAUAUUAUAACUUGGACAGGCAACGGCUACACCGCAGUUGUCACAAUAUCCAAUUUCCAAAAAUAUCGCCACAUUCAAGCGCCAGGGUGGACACUCGGGUGGACAUGGGCGAAAUCGGAGGUGAUUUUGACCAUGGCUGGCGGUCAAACAACCGAGCAAGGAGAUUGUUCGAGAUUCCAAGGCUCUAACAUCCCGCAUUGUUGUAAGAAAGAUCCAACGGUUGUGGAUUUAUUACCCGGAACCCCUUACAACCAACAGAUUGCUAAUUGCUGCAGAGGAGGAGUCAUUGACUCCUUUGCCCAAGAUCCUCCGGCUCAUUCCGCCAGCUCAUUCCAGCUCACAGUCGGCGAAGCGGGGACCACUAAUACAACGGUUGACCUUCCGAAGAAUUUCACUCUCAAGGCACCGGGCCCUGGUUAUACUUGCGGGCCCGCGGAAAUAGCCAUGCCCACUAAAUUCAUCUCUCAAGAUGGACGAAGGGCUACGCAAGCUAUGAUGACGUGGAAAGUUAAGUGUACGUAUUCGCAGUUUCUGGCUCAGAAAAUUCCGAGCUGUUGCGUUUCUAUGUCGGCGUUUUACAGUCACGAGAUUGUGCCUUGCCCGAAAUGCGCUUGUGGAUGCAUGAAUAACCUUACUCAGCCAGGAAGCUGCGUCGAUCCAAAUUCGCCGUAUAUCGAAACAGUUGUUUCGGCUCGUAAGAAGGCGAAUAAUUUGGAUCCACUGGUCCAAUGCACCAGCUUCAUGUGCCCGAUUCGAGUUCAUUGGCACGUGAAGCAAAACUACAAGGAGUACUGGCGUGUGAAAGUCACAAUAUCAAAUUUCAACUAUAGGAUGAAUUACACAAAUUGGAAUUUAGUCGUACAACACCCGAACUUCGAUAAUCUCACACAAGUAUUCAGCUUUAACUACAAAUCCUUGAGUCCUUACCCAACUAUAAAUGAUACUGCAAUGUUAUAUGGAGUGAAGUUUUAUAACGAUUUUUUAAAUCAAGCGGGCCCGCUCGGAAACGUGCAGUCGGAGCUUCUAUUCAGAAAGGAGUCGAGUUUCAGUUUCGAAAAGGGUUGGGGUUUCCCGAGAAGAGUAUACUUCAACGGUGACAACUGUGUUAUGCCGCCUCCUGAUAAAUAUCCGUCUCUACCGAAUUCCGGUUUACGAGAAAAUAUCCCGGUGCUUAUGAUACUGAUUUCGCUGUUAUUUUCUUUGUAAUUAUUUCAAUUUGCAUGAUGUGUUAAUAGGAAUAUUAUACAUCAAUCAUCAUCAAACAGUGCAGUUUUUGUUUCAAAAAUAAUUAUAAA